AUGAAUAAUGUGCGGUAUGAACACACAGCAUCCCUGUUAGCAAAUGGAAAAGUAUUGGUGGCGGGUGGUGACAAUGGUCGAGCUACAGCUAUAAAUGUUUGUGAGUUGUAUGAUCCGUCAAACGGAACUUGGAAAGUUACUGGUAACAUGAAUAAUGCGCGAUAUCGACAUGCAGCAGCCGUGCUAAAAGAUGGGCGAGUAUUAGCUAUUGGUGGGAAUGAUAACAGCGCUGAGCUCUAUAAUCCAUUAAACGAAACUUGGACAAUUACUGGCAAUCUGAAAGAUGCACGAAGCUUUGCCGCAGCAUCCAUAUUACCAAAUGGAAAAGUUUUAGUCACUGGUGGUGAAGGUUUUCUAAGUAGUGCUGAAUUAUACGAUCCAUCGACAAGAACUUGGAGACCUACUGGGAGCAUGAAUGAUGCACGAUCAAUGCAUACAAUAUCUGUAUUACAGAAUGGAAAGGUGCUAGUCGCUGGCGGAUAUAAUGGUCCUAUGCUAAAAAGUGCUGAAUUGUACGAUCCAUCGACAGGAAUUUGGAAAACUACUGGUAGUAUGAAUACUGGACGGAUGUCACAUACAGCAUCUCUAUUACAAAAUGGAAAAGUAUUGGUUACUGGUGGUGAGCGCUCUAAUACUGCUGAAUUAUAUGAUCCGUCAACAGAAACUUGGACAAUUACUGGUAGUAUGACUGAUGGUCGAGAAUAUCAUGCAGCAUCUGUAUUACGAAAUGGAAAAGUGUUAGUUACUGGUGGAGAUUCCUGUUCUAGUGUACUAAAUAGUGUUGAGCUGUAUGAUCCAGUCUCAGGAACCUGGGCAAUUGAUGAUAGUAUGAAUGAUCAACGAGAAUUCCAUACAUCAACCGUAUUAAAAGAUGGAAAUGUAUUAGUUGCUGGUGGAUUUAUGGGUUUUGAUAGUGCUGAAGUAUAUGUUCCAUUAAACAAAUGA